AUGGAUGCCAUCAGGGACUUAAGUUUUGAUUGCAUAUUUAGGCUAGGACAGUUGAGGCAUGACAGGGGGUUGCUUACAGCCUUGAUCGAGAGAUGGCGUGGAGAGACGCACACUUUCCACCUACCGUUCGGAGAGGCCACUGUCACUCUCGAGGAUGUUCAUCACAUUCUCGGGUUACCCACUGAGGGUGAUCCACUCAUCCUCCGUGGAGAAAGUACCACCGUAGAGGAUAGGCGCGACCUGGUAGGCGAGUUUCUUGGACUAUUACCAGCAGAUGAUGAUGAUGUUAACAGAUCUGGUUUAAAGAUCAAAUGGCUGGUGCAUAACUUCGGGUCCUGUGAGUGGUUGGAUCCAGCGGAUAUAGGUUAUGGUGCACAGGUUUCCUUUCAUGUUUGGGCGCACCUACUAUGCGUUAUUGGAUCAUUGUUCCCCGAUAGCAGCAGGAACCGCGUGCAGCUUGACCUUCUCUGGUUACUAAGGGACAUGGGCAAGCUGCGUCAGUAUAGCUGGGGCAGUGCUGUUCUUGCCUUCCUAUACAGAAAGCUAUGUUAUUCUAGUUGGGCAGGCAAAUCUGAUUUCUACGGCUACGCCACAUUGCUACAGGUGUGGAUUUACGAGCGCUUUCCAUCACUAGCGCCUAGACACGCGGCUGAACCCUUGUUCGAGUACCCACUUACGCUGAGGUGGAAGGCGCCACUUAGCCAUGGUGAUGUGCCGUGA